AUGACGAUUCCUAUCCUCAAAACAUCGGCACUCAAUUGCUUUCUCCGCGAGAAACACAAACCAAAAUCUUCGCGAUUUUGCGGGGAUUCUAGUGAUAUCGCGGAGCAGCGCCGAUCCUCCGCGAUUGCGGGGAUUGUCCGAUCCCCCCGGGGCCCCAGGGCGGAGGCCUUGUCUUCGUCCGCGACCUCCCAUGACCUGUUCCAAUCUCCAUUCAACUUCAAAUCUAUCAUGGAAGACCAUCGUCCGAAUAAGCGGAAGCGCUCGGCCCUUGCUUGUGAUGCCUGCCGGGCGCGGAGAACCAAGUGCGACUCUCAGAAGCCGUCCUGCCGUUAUUGUCGAACCCACGAAAUCGACUGCAUCUAUCAAGAGGUUCCAGCAGAGCCUCCUAGUCGAAUCGAAGAGGAAUUAGAUGCCGUGAAGCAGCGCCUUGAUCACAUCGUUAGUUUGAUCCAGCCUGCCCCGGGCCUUUGUAUGGGUGCAUGUGUUGCGGAUCGACAAAAUAAUUCCGAUGCAAUAGUGGUUGAAAAUAAUUCACCAUUCGAUCUAUCGUCUAAGCUGCUGGGCAACUCAUCUACCUUGCACGUUCUUGGAUUGGAUGCAGAUUUCUCCCAGGCUCUCAUUCGGCGAGAACGAGCCAACGGUGGUGAAUUCCAAGGACUUGUUGGUCCACGGAUGCUAAUUGUACCCCAGGCACAGGCUAUAGCAGCACUGGCUGCAUUUUCUGCUCGGGUCCACAUUUGGUACCCCAUCUUUCCUUCCGACUUCACACAAGAGUAUUUUCGGGUCCUUUCUGGAAACUUGUCUCCGUCAUCGAGCUCUUGUCUUGUUCUACUGGUUGCUGCUGUCGGAAAUCUAGCUCAAGAUGGCGGUCAGUGCUCAGAUGCCCCGUAUUUCGAAACAGCUCUCGCCUCGCUGCCCAUCAUCAUCUCUGAGUGCAGUGUUCGCAGCGUACAAUGCUUCAUGCUGAUUAGUCUAUACUACUGUUGCUCGAUGAGACCCUGUCAGGCCCAAGAAUAUUGCCUGAUUGCUUCGUCGAAAAUCCAAAAUAUUGUCACAAGUGAGCUGGAAGGUAGUGAUGUGGAUACUAUCGAACUAACCCGUCGAACUUACUGGGGAGCUUUACUCUUGGAAAAUGAGAUUACGUGCCAAUUGGAUGUUGCGAAGAGCAGUAUAUGGCGUUUGGAUGAACACGUUCCAUUGCCCUCCUGCCAUCACGUAUGGAAGUACAUUCCGGACGACACCCCGCCUGGUGCCACAUCCGACAUAUCGAAUGGGGCUAUAUCAAUCGACCUGGACAAAGGAAAUUCUGGCUCGUUCUUUCUCAGCCGAAAUAGCAAUGCGACGCAUGCUACACCGGUGCAAUACCGCGAACUGGAGCGCCAGCUGGAAGAAUGGUACUCUUACCUGCCUGAAAUCAAUCGUUUCGAUCGAGGAGAUGCUUCCGUCCCACUGGAGCAGACCAAUUUCCUUCGAGUACAGUACUAUUGCUGCAAGCUUUCCAUCUACUGGCCCGCCAUAUUUCAGGUUGUACAAGAUGGAAAAGCUACUCCACUUCUGUUGGAUCAUUGCCAGAUUUUCUUCGAUUCCUAUCUACAAGUGACGCCCAGUAUUCUCGCGGCGUUUCAUGAUUGCGUGGCACAUAGGUGGACAUUAUUCAUAACUAUAUUCACUAACACCGUGGCUGUCAUGUCCGCCGCGAAUACUGCUUGCUUAGAGGAAUUCUUUUCGGAUCAGCUUUAUCAAUCCCUUAGUGUGUCAGGCCAUGCGGAUCCGACAAUACUGCAACGCAGUCCAUCUUUGAUGAUGCUGCAAGGGGUUCUUGAAGAAAGACUGUUGAAAGCAGGACUGUGGUAG